UUCACACAUUUUCCAUUCCAACAAAUCAAAAACAUUUCCUCUCUCUCUUUCAAAGCAUCAAAUCUAUCACAAAUUCCAUCUUUCUCAAUCUUAAAAGAAAUAUAAAUUCUCGAAUAUAUAAUGGAGCAAAAUAUGCCAGUUAUAGCAAAGAAAUUCUGGAAUAUAGUGCGAGUAGCAUUCUUCAUGCUGAGAAAAGGCAUAUCAAAGAAAAAAUUCAUGCUUGAUCUCAACUUAUUAAUGAAACGUGGAAAAAUUGCAAGCAAAGCCGCAUUUCAUAAUCUCAUGUUCCACCAUACGCACCAAUGGUCUUCGUCAUCCUCAUCAGCUACAAAUUCCGUGUGUCCACGCGCUUCAGAUGGCGAGUACGAGUUCAGUUGCAGUUGCAGUAGCAGCCCAACGAAGCCAAAUUUUCACCUUCCAUUCAACUUCAACAAGCGCGGGGGCAAGCACCACGCGCACCUCUUCCCGUGUGCACACGCGCCUCCCACUGCUGACGACGAUGAUGUUAUCAUGAUGAAUGCUGCUGUAAUGAAGGCUUUGGAAAAGAUUCAGAGCGUCAAUGCGUCCCCAGCGAAUAAUUUGCCUGGAUUUGGGCGUACUCCGACGGUUAGGCAAUUGAGGAUUACUGAUUCGCCUUAUCCUCUGAGAGAUGUUGAAGAUGAUAGCAAAGUAGAUGAAGCUGCUGAGAAAUUUAUAUCGAAAUUUUACAGGGAUUUAAUGAAUCAAGCUUCGCCUGGUGGGGCUUAAUGUGAUCCUGGAAUCUUUCAUCGAAAAGCAUCACUAUUUCGUUCAACUCGCAAGUAUAUAAAAAUAUAUGUUACUACUCAGAAUUUCAUGCAUGCAUGUGGUGGACAACUAUGGUGGCCAAUGCAAUAACGAAUUGAAGAACGACGCAGGAACUGCUAAAUGUGUUUCAGUGUUGUAAAUUUGAAAGAAGUUUGGGAGUUAUGAAUACUGUAUAUGCUUUUAUUGCAUGUAUAAUUUCUGCUUUCAUGGGAGUUUUUUUUUUUUUUUUUUCCCCCUGUUGGGGCAUUUUGGAAAUUUUCAAAAAUAAAAUGUAGUCCUACUAGUAUAUAGUUGUGAUGAAGUCUUUCCAUUUAUUCUUUUCUUUUUAAUUGUAAUGCUAUGAAAUAUAAAUCUUCAGAGGCUUAAAGUCCUGAAAGUUUGAAUCCAAUAA